AUGAGCAAGUACAUAAAAUCCAACAGCACAAUAUUAAAUAGCAAAAAGAAUAUUCCGUAUGAUAUAAAAAGUAACUCAUUAAUAGAUAACAAUUUAGAUGAUGAUACAAAAAAGCAAUAUGACCAAGCAUAUGAUGAAAUUAAAAAGAACAUAAUAAAAUUAGAAAAAACAUUCUUAGAUAAUGUAUUAUUACAAGUUAAGAAAAAAAAUAUAGCAGGAAAUAAAAACACUGUUGAAAAAUCAGCUAUUAAUGAAUUGAAUAAAUAUAAAAAAAAUAUUGAAUUAUUAAAAAGUAAAGUGAGUGUAGAAGAUAACACUGAUAAAAUUGUUAAGUUGGAAAAUAAAAUCAAAGAAAAUGAAGAAAUAUUACAAAAAUUAAUUAAUGAUAAAGAAGGUUUAGAAAAUAUUUCAAAGCAACAAUUAAAAGCCAUAGAUGAAAUAUGUCUAAACGAAACACAAAUAUCUAUACAAACAAAAUAUGAAGAAAUUCGAAAAUUAAAAGAAGAUUUAAUGAAAUGGAAAUUUACAUAUAAUGAAAAUGAAAAUCUUUUAAAGAAAAAACAAGAACAAUUAAUUCAUAUAGACAAUCAAUUAAAAAAAAAAAUAUUUACUAUAAAAAAUUCAAAAAAUAAUAAUAUGUCCAGUGGAAAUUCUAAUAAAAAUUUGUCAAACAUUCAUAUACAAACACUUAAAACACAAAUUGAUAUGAUUAAUGACAAUAUAGCAAAUGAUACACAAAUGUAUGACGAAAAAAUUCAACAAAUUCAAAACAACAUAAAUUCAGCUCAAAAUGAUAUCGAAUUUUUGAAUUCACAAAUAGAAGAAAUAAAAAAGAAUAUUGAAAAUAUUUCUUUGGAUAUAAAAAAAAUGAGAAAACAAAAAAAAGAAAAAUAA